AAAAGCCGGAUCCAUAACGGAGAGAAGUAGUAUGUCUGUUCUUGUAAACUAGCGUGCCGUGUAGCCUACAUUUGGCUGUGUGUGUAUGUGUGUGAGAGUGAGUGCUGUGUGCGUGUCUAAAUGUGAGCAAGUUCAGUAAAAGUAACCUACAUAGUUUGCGCGCUGUUCCUACAAUUAUUUUUUUGCAAAGCAGAGGAGGAGAAAGUCGAAACUACUAUAAUGUAUUAAUUUGGGACAUGGGAAACCAGCUACCAGGACUGGCUACGUCGCUACCAAGCUAAAUGAACGCACAAAACGUCGGUUUUAGUUCAAAUUCGUUCUAAUCCAGCCUGUCACAAAUAACGGAUUUGGUCGCUAUCAUGUCAAGAUUUUGACCUGCACAGUAAAUCUUCAACCUGAUAUCGGGGCUGAUUCUUCUCUUCAACAGAAGUUGAGAGUGCCACCUUUGUGUGUGGUGUGUGCGUUCAUGUGUAAAUGUGUGCGACUGAUGUGCGAACUGCUGUACAUUCGCAAUGAAUGCACUGUAGAUGUCGCAUGGCUUCACGCCAGUGUACAUUCAGCAACAAGUUUAGUUUGGUGAAGCCAUAUUCGUAAAAUUUCAGGAUGUUGAAGACUCUAACCAAGAAGCUAAGAAGACACUCACUCAACGAGAUACAUCCCUUUCAGUUCAAGAUUUCCUACCAUUGCAGUGGGGAGGGAGCGGAGAGCGACGAUUCCGAGGGGGAGAACCAGGAGCUUGCACAGAUUGACAGAGAGAGGUGGCGGAACUGCGGCCUCACCCCUCUGGCCACCAGCCAACAGCACAACCAGGGUCCCCUCUCCCCGGCAUGCCUUUGUUGCCUACGCCUCCUUCUAGACCCAACUCUGGACCACCACUCGUCCGAAGAAGAGCUGGAGCGAAUCAGCCGCGGCGUUGGAGAUGGCAAGAAGUGGAUGCUGCACCAUCACCACGUCGAGCACCACAGCAGUGCCUCCAGCGACGAGGAGGUACGGGACCUGUUCGGCUGUGGUCCGGUGGUGGCGGCCUUGGAGCCUGGGACUUGCCUGGAGGCCUCCCCCAGCCCAGUGCUCUGUAGCUCCAGCCCGCCUCGCAGCCUCAAGCCCCCACCCCCCAUUCGGCUCCAGUUCCAGGUGGUGCAGCCUGCUGCCAGGCCCAUUAUCUUGACCCACUUUGACCAGUCAGCGGUUCCCUAUACGAAGCACAGGCACACCUACGGGGGAGAAGUUGGGAGGCCGAGUCUGGACCUGGAGAAAAUGCAACAGAAAAUGCUCCUUAAAAAGAACUGUGGUGGGAAAACACGGACCAUAAAGAUUCGGACUCCAUUUUGUUUAUGCUUUCCUAGUAACAACUUACCCCACUCUCCCCUACUCCUGAAACUUCAACUCUGGGGGUGGGAGAGAGUAGGAGGAGGUGGAGAGAGCUCUUUCCCAGGGAUGUAGCCGCCAAGAGCAGUAUCUGGUUUCAACCCCCGAAGAGGAGGUGGAAGAGAGAAGGGGGGAUUGUGAGUGGAAGAGCAAGUUCGAGACAGAGGGAUGCAGAGCUGGAUGAAAGACUCCUGUUAUGAGGCGUGAGACUGGCAUCACCUCAAUGUGUCCAUUAAAAGUUAGCGUUAUCGUGCUAGCUGGCAAUAUUAGUGUGCUUUGAUCCAACCUCAGGUCAGGAUACGGGAGUGAAGAGGAGACAUAAAUGACAUCUUAUUAGAGCUGCUGGUCAGAAAAACUUACCCCAAGGUAUUGCAGAGCUUUAUUUAACUUUUUAAUGCACUUUACACUUGUGGAAUUCAGCACAUUACAGUAACAGCAUGCACAGUAUAUUGAGGUGAUGGAGAAGGCAGAGAAAUAUGAUACUGAAGGGAUGUGGGGUGGAGAAACAGGUUCAGGUUGAGGGAGAGAUAAAAAAAAGAGAGGAAGGAUGAUGAUAGAAUGAAUCGCACAAACCCCAGACUUUCUCAUUCUCCUCUGUUUGCCCUCUAUCCACGGAGGCCAGUUCCUGAUUACAGUGUGUGGGGCCUUGUGAUACUGUAGGUCAAUCUUUCACCCUAGAACUUCCACUACCCCCCUGAGUAGGCCGGAGAAAGUGCUGCCUCACUGCCAAAUGACACAAAGCCAUUUCCUGUCGAGGGGAAAACGACUGGGGCUAAUUUUAGACAGACCCUGCAAUCCUUCACAACAGAGAAGAGUGAGAGUCCUGCCCAGGGCUCUGUACAGUAUGCAGUGGAACAGUGUUAUCUCACUAGCCCUGUUAUGAAUAUAAAGUCUCAUUGAAAAUGUAGAAAUGAAAUAUCAUACUCUUCCAUUCAGUUCUCUUCCUGCGUGUCUGUGGUUUUGGUUACAUUUGUCAUUCACUUGCAGAAAUAUCAGAUAUACUUAACAGGAAUGGUUCAGUUCUUGGCGUCACUAUUCAAGUCACUAAAGUAAUUGUUCUAAGCUCAGUUGAAGCAGAAUUUGAGUUGAGUUUCAAUUAUUGCUUUAUGUACCCUAUCUGCAGUUAUUCUGGUUGCAAUGGAAUGAUUACCAAAGUCAUUCUGGGGUAACUCGGUGUAAAUUGUUGCCUUAGUUUCUACUCCAUCCAGCCUAGUUGAAUGAAAGGGCUCCAUCCCAUAAAUAGUUCUCUUCUGCCUACUGUGAAUCUUGGCACCAGCUAGUAUCACAUUAGCCUCGAACUCUGACCUAGCUGGGUGGCUGACCAGUAUAUUACCACUAACUAAUGCCUAGAGAAGCAAGGUAAGCCCUGCUCUUUCCAUCUACCCAGAUUCAUAGAGGAUAGAAAAAAAACAGAUUAGCCAAAACACUAACUAUUCCUUCCUUUGGUUAACCAUACUCUCUCUUUUUCUGUCCACAGAACUUGACUGGCACUCGCCCUCUACCCAGGUAUGCCUACGAUCCCUCCAUUUUUGCCUUCCGGUCCCUCAGCACGGUCCCUCCUUGCGGUCC